AUGAACGCGAGAAACGACUUGCCUUCUACAUCAACAUUGCUAUCACUCGUAAUCUCUCAGCCAGCGCACACAGAAAUGGCCGCACCUUGCCACUGUGGCCCGAUCGAGGCUUCGAUGCGAUUCAAUCCUCACGACACAGCCUCUUCGCCUGAUGAAGCUGCCUUCGGCACCGAUUCCGACUAUGAGCUAUUCACCGGUGCCUCGCUGCCGCAGCGACCGAGCCCACAGCGACCUCCACCCCAUCUCAACGAGCUCAAUUCUCUCACCCUCGUACGAAGGAAACAAAAGAAUGUUAUACGGCACUAUGGAAAAGAUGCGAAGGGUUUUGUGCCGACAGAGUUCACCUGGGCAGAAGGUCCUAGCAAUUUUCCCGGUACGGCAGAGUACUACAAGAGCAACACUUUUCGAAAGAAGAAGGAUGCAGGCAAUGUCCACGUCCCGGGAGCUCCUUUUGGGGCUGUUCACAAUGUAAUCAAUAGCGACAAUGAGGACUUUGGCGCGAAGAAUGCAAAGUCAGAGAAGCGGAAGUCGCUCAUUAUGGUGUUCAGCAAGGCCACCGUGCGUCGAGUGAGUGAAAAGCGCAAGGCUCACAGGAGACUGCAGAGAUAUAAUCGUAGGAUGCGUUCCUGGCGCAUGGCUAACGAGCACGAUUCGAGGUCUGCCGGAGGAAUGAAUACACGGGGCCCUACUAUCGUCUUCCAGUUCUUUCUACUCGGUAUACAAUCGAGCAAGAAAUACGUGCAGUUUAUUGAAAUUCUAUUAGCCCUUCAUGCAAUUGGUGCAUUGGUGCAUUGGUGCUGA